AUGACCACCAUUGGGUUCUUGAGAAUUGCAGAUGGUGUUGCAAUGGAGAAUUUAACCAAGAUAAUAGGCCCGAUGAUCAAGGCAAGAUGUCUCUGCACCGUGAACCCACACAAUGAAACAGGGGCCGUGGAAUUCCUCCUCCUGGGUCUCUCAGAUGAUCCCAAAAUCCAGCCCCUCCUCUUCGGUCUCUUCCUGUCCAUGUACCUGGUCACCAUCACCGGGAACCUGCUCAUCAUCCUGGCUGUCAGCUCUGACCCCCGCCUGCACACGCCCAUGUACUUCUUCCUCUCUAACUUGUCCCUGAGUGAUAUUGGUUUUACCUCCACCACCAUCCCAAAGAUGAUCUGGGACCUUCACACUCGGCAUCGAAUCAUCCCUCAUGCCGGCUGCCUGGUGCAGUUGUCUGUUUUUGCCUUUUUUGCCUCUUUGGACAGUUUGCUUCUCACCGUGAUGGCCUAUGACCGCUUUGUGGCCAUCUGCCAUCCCCUGCACUACCCCGUCAUCAUGAACCCCCACCUCUGUAACACCCUAGCACUGGGAUCGGUCAUUGUGACUCUCUUGAAUUCCCAGGUGCACUGUUGGAUGAUGCUACCACUGACCUUUUGCACCCGUGUGGAAAUCCCUCACUUCUUCUGUGACCCCCCUCAACUCCUCAGGUUCGCCUGUGACAAUAUCUCCACCAAUAACCUAUUAAUAUAUGUUAUUGGUGCCAUCUUUGGUGGCAUACCAUUCUUAGGGAUCCUGUACUCUUAUACAAGAAUUGUGUCCUCUGUUUUGAGAGUCUCGUCCACAGUGGGGAGGUCCAAAGCCUUCUCCACCUGUGGCUCUCACCUGUCCGUUGUUUGCUUAUAUUAUGGAACGGGUCUUGGGGUGUACCUCAGCUCAGCUGUGUCCCAUUCUCCCAGGAAGGGGGCAGUAUCCUCAGUGGUGUAUACAAUGAUUGUCCCCAUGCUGAACCCCUUCAUCUAUAGCCUUAGAAACAAGGACAUCAAAAAGGCCUGCCAGAAGCUUCUCAAUAAGACAGCAUAA